CAUGUCAACAGUCAGUCCUACAUCCAGCUCUACAAUCAUUACUACACUCAUGUCUACAGUCAGUCGUACUGUCGGCUCUACUGUCAGUCCUACCCCCAGCUCUACAGUCAUUCCUGAAAACAGCGAUUUAAAACCUAGCUCUACAAUACUACCUACACUUAUGUCAACAGUCAGUCCUCUACCCAGCUGGGCAGACAGCCCUCCACCCAGCUCUACAAUCAUUCCUACAUUCAUGUCUACAGUCAGUCCUACAAUCCAAUCUACAGUCAUUCCUACAUCUAGGAUAACAGACAGCCCUCCACCCAGCUCUACAAUCAUUACACUCAUGUCUACAGUCAGUCCUACCCUCGGCUCUACUGUCGAUGCUACACCUAGCUCUAAAGUCAGUCCUGAAAACAGUACCAAUGGCUUCUUCUUGAAAGAUCUUCGUACCAAAAAGUAUUUGUGUGCUAAUAAUAAUUAUCAUCUGACAUUUCAUGAUAAAUGCAGUGGUACGUCAGGUGACUUUAGAUUUCUGCCCAAUGGCGCCAUUGAAAGUCUCCAUCGGACAGGAUGCCUUCGAGGAUAUUCAGAUUGGCCAUCUCAUUUGCUAUUCAUCAACAUUGAUAAAUCCUCUGCUUGUGUUGAGCAAAAUAAAAUAACCCAGACUUCUCACGGAGCUCUCUCUAUUUGGUAUAAUCAAAAGAUUCAAUGUGUGCGACUUGGGGGACUGAUCACAAAAUAUCCUUAUCUCGUUGAUUGUAAUCAAAUGAAUGAUCAACGUUUUCAUUUUGGCUCAGUGAUCACUUUUGGAGAAAGUUUAAGAAACGCCAACUGUGGUAAAGACCAAUACAUGACAGUAAAGACUGCAUCGUACAGAGUUAGAGGGAAUACUAAAUGUUUUGCCAAUGUAACCUGUCAUGUAAAAAGACAUUGUGAUGGUCAAAACAAAUGUGACAUAACCGUCGAUGAUAAUUUGUUUUCUUCCCUUGCUCAAUAUUUUGAUUCUAAUGAUAACAAAGAACUUUACUUUGAAUAUGUAUGUAUGGACAUAAAAAAAACAUUCAAUGGAAAUUGCGAUUUAAAACCUAGCUCUACAAUACUACCUACACUUAUACCAACAGUCAGUCCUACAAUCCAAUCUACAGUUAUUCCUACACUCAGCAUUACAGACAGCCCUCCACCUAGCUCUACAAUCAUUACACUCAGCUCGACAGACAGUCCUACAUCCAGCCCUACAAUCAUUACUACAUUAAUGUCUACAGUCAGUCCUACCCUCAGCUCUAGUGUCGGUGCUACACCUAGCUCUACAGUCAUUCCUGAAAACAGUUCCAAUGGUUUUUUCUUGAAACAUCUUGAUACUGGAAAGUAUUUAUGUGAUAUCGAUGACUCGGUAUUUCUUUACCCAAAUUUUUAUUAUCUUGCAUUUCGUGAUAAAUGCGGUGGUACGUCAGGUGACUUUAAAUUUCUAACCAAUGGCGCCAUCCAAAGUCUCCAUCGGCCAGGAUGCCUUCGUGGAGAUAGUAGAUUCCUCAUUUCUCAUUUUCUAUUUAUCAACAUUGAUAAAUCCUCCACUUGUGUUGAGCAAAAUAAAAUAACCCAGACUUCUCAUGGAGCUCUCUCGAUUUGGUAUAGUCAAAAGAUUCAAUGUGUGCGAUUUGGGGGACUGCCCGACGACUAUCCAAUUCUCGAUGACUGUAGUGAAAUGAAUGAUCAACGCUUUCAUUUUGGUUCAGUGAUAGGUUCUGGAGAAAGUAUAAGAAAUGCCAACUGUGGUAAAGACCAAUACAUGAGAGUGAAGAAUGCAUCAUACAGAUUAAGCAAGAACAAAAAUUGUUUUGUCGAUGCAACCUGUCAUCUGAAAAGACUUUGUGAUGGUCAAAAGGAAUGUGACAUAACUGUCAAUGAUAAUUUGUUUCCUCCCCCUGCUCCAUGUUCUGAUUCCAGUAAUAACAAAGAACUAUAUUUUGAAUAUGAAUGUGACGACUUGAGAAAAACGUAUGGUGGAGAUUGUGAUAGGUAUAUACCAUCUAAUGUUAUGUGAAUGAUUACAGCUUGCUAUACAGGGUGUAUAAAAAAAAUAGGAAAGACGUUUGGUUUUUGCA